AUGGCCAUGGGCAACAUUCUCUACUCGGCUUUUGUCGGAGCCAUCUUGGCCACCACAUUCGUUUCCGCAGCCUCAACACCCAAGGGCUGCUUCAAGAACCCACCAAAUAGUCAAGCUGCUCUCGGGAGAGCAUACCCACAACUCAACAAUGCCAAGAUGACGGUGGCCAUGUGCGAACAGCACUGCACAAAACACCAAAGCAGUAUCUUUGGCUUGGAGCGCGGCCGCAUCUGUAACUGCGGCGAUGUCGUUGUUCCCGAGGCGGUUGCAGGCACGGACGCGCAGUGCCGGACAAAGUGCGGAGGUGAUGCUAAAGCAUACUGCGGCGCCACCGGAUUCUUCAACCUCUAUGAGCUUGACACAUCUGGCUACCCCAGUGCUGGACAGUGGGGGCCUAUCGUCAAGUUUCCCGUCGUCCCCGUCUCCGUAGCUCUCAUUCCAGAGUCGGGUGACUUGAUGACUUGGUCGUCUGGAUGGCCUGAACGGUUCACCAACGCCGGCAAUGGCAAGACUUAUACAGCCAUCUACAGUGCUGCGACUGGUAAUGUCAGCGACGCCAUUGUUCAAAACACUGCGCACGACAUGUUCUGUCCUGGAACUUCGAUGGAUGAGUAUGGCCGUAUCAUUGUCACUGGCGGCUCCAGUGCCUCCAAGACGAGCGUCUUUGAUUUCAAGAACGGCCAACGCUCCCCCUGGGCACGCGCUUCCGACAUGACUAAUCCCCGCGGCUAUCAGUCCAGCGUCACUACGUCCGAGGGCAAGAUUUUCACCAUUGGUGGUACCUUCACCGGCAAUGGCAAGAGAGACGGCGAGGUCUACGACGUCUCCUCAAACGAGUGGACCAAGCUUCCCGGCUGUCCGGCAAACAUCAUGCGAGUUGCCGCAGGCCAGUACCCGGACAGCCACACCUGGCUCUGGGGUUGGAAGGACGGCUUUGUGCUGCAGGCCGGACCGUCCAAGAAGAUGAACUGGUUCGACACCAAGGGCACGGGCGCCAACAAGCCAGCCGGCACCCGCGGAGCCGACCAGGACUCCAUGUGCGGCGUCACGGCCAUGUACGACGCAGCCGCCGGCAAGGUCUUCACCUACGGCGGCGGCACACGCUAUUCCGGCUACGACGGGUCCAAGGCCGCGCACGUCCUGACCCUCCCCGACACCCCCGGAGACCCCGUGGCGGUCGAGCGCGUCUCGGACGGCCAGUACGGCCGUGGUUACCACAACGCCGUGGUCCUGCCCGACGGCAAGGUGUUUGUGGUCGGCGGCAUGAGCAAGAUGGCUCUCUUCUCCGACGGCACCCCGCAGCUGUUCCCCGAGAUCUGGGACCCGGCCACGGGCGGCUUCACCACGAUGCGCCCGCACGCCAUACCGCGCAACUACCACUCGACCGCGAUGCUCAUGGCAGACGGCACCGUCUUCUCCGGAGGCGGCGGCCUCUGCGGCAGCGGCUGCUCCGCCAACCACUUUGACGGGCAGUUCUUCAGCCCGCCGUACUUGUUCGAGGCCGACGGCAAGACGCCCGCCCAGCGGCCAGUCAUCAGCAGCCUGGGACCGGCCACGGGUGCGAACGGCGCCGUCGAGGUCAGGGCCGGCGAGAAGGUCACCGUCACCAUGCAGGAGGCGGGCGGCUACAAGUUCAGCAUGAUCCGCACCGGAUCGACGACGCACACGGUUAACACCGACAGCAGGCGCAUUCCGCUCGAGGGUCAGGACGUGGGUGAUGGCAACUACGUCGUCACCGUUCCGAACGACUACGGAAUUGCCACGCCUGGCUAUUACAUGCUGUUUGCAAUUAAUGAGGCCGGGGUUCCAGCUGUGGCAAGGUUCUUCAGAGUGGGUUUGUAA